AGAAGAAGAAAAACCGCGUGUUUUGCAACGUAUUUAUCAAUGAAAAUUUCAAAAUACUUUUGAGUGUCACUUGUCAAGCUAUGUCAAGUUGAAUAUCAACCGUACUUUUAUUUUUGUCAGACCACGAGCAAUGAAAUGUAAGGAGAUGUCCAGCGUUCAAAACGAAGACUUCACACCUGUACUAGUUAGCUAAUAAAAAGACUUGCCUCAUGUUGCGCGCGCAUACCAGCAGUAAGAAGCAAAAUUGGUCGCGUUCCUGCUGGAAAUACGUUAUUAUGUAUACUACCUUUUCCUGAGGCCGAUUCCGACAAACCUGCUGGCAUUUUCUGAUUUCAUGAAUUAAUUUUAACACAUUCGACAUAUUUAUGAGAAGGAUACCGAUAAAUCGAUAAUGGCCUCGAGCAAGACAAAUUAACAAAAAAGUGAUCUAAAAAUUUAAAAGUGAUAUAAAUGAGCUCAGUACGGUCCUGUUUUAUUCACGAACGUACCCCGAAUUCCUUUACCUCAAAUGACAGCAACAGCAAGGCAAAUCCAGUCUGACCAACCGCACAAAAACGAAAUGUCAACAACCCAAACCAAAACAACAGUAAAAAAAUAAUAUGAAUGAGAAAAGAGAGGCGAAAAUGAAAUGAGGAAGGCGAAGUGAACGUUUAAAUAGAUUGUUUUGCGGAAAAUUGUGAAGAUUUCCAUCUAGAUGGAAAACGGAAUGGACUGCGAAGACUCGUCAGAGGUCCAGGAAGUGGAAACAAAACGGAUAAGAUUGCUACGACCUCAGACUUUGCAGCCCAAGAAAAAUGUUUGUGCCAAAGAGGAAAGACAUGCUAAUUUAAGAAAGGUGUCCCUCAUACUUCAAAAAUCUGAACACGACCGCAACCCAAAAGACCUAAAAACCCUCAGCGAAUGUUCGGACAUGAUCGAAGAAGUCCAAGAAAGAAUAAAAAAAAGAGAGGCAGUUAAAAAACGUUUAGAAGAAUUUGAAGAUCCAGAAGACGUUCUUAUGCAAAAAUGCCAAAUCCUUGCCCAAGCCAUUGCCCAAUCUCAGCAUCUGGUUGUUUACACCGGAGCCGGGAUCAGUACUGCUGCUAAAAUACCUGAUUACAGGGGACCUGAUGGGAUUUGGACUAGACUCAAAGAAGGCAGAGAUAUUGGGGAUCAUGAUCUUUCCUUAGCAGAGCCCACUUACACGCACAUGGCCCUGUAUGAGCUCUACAGGCAAAAAAUAUUGAAAUAUGUAGUUUCCCAAAACUGUGAUGGACUUCAUUUGAGAUCAGGGCUUCCUAGGGGUGCCCUGUCCGAGUUGCACGGAAAUAUGUACAUUGAAGUUUGUAAAAGUUGUAAACCUCACAGAGAGUAUUGGAGAUUGUUUGAUGUUACUGAAAGCACUGCCAGAUUUGCUCACAAGACUUAUAGGAGAUGUUAUAUUUGUAAUAGUGCUUUAAUUGACACUAUAGUUCAUUUCGGGGAAAGAGGUAGUCUUCAGUGGCCUUUGAAUUGGAAGGGAGCCUGUAAAAAUGCCAAGGAAGCUACAACAAUCAUUUGUUUAGGUUCUAGUUUGAAAGUUCUAAAAAAAUACCCAUGGCUCUGGCAAAUGGAUAAACCAGUGAAAAAACGUCCCAACCUCUACAUAGUCAAUCUCCAGUGGACCCCGAAAGACGAUUGUGCCAACGUAAAAAUAAACGGCAAAUGCGACUUGGUGUUUAAAAAAAUCAUGACCAUGUUAGGCAUAGCGGUCCCGCGUUACAACAAACGCAAAGAUCCGAUUUUCCAUCACGCCACCGAGUUGAAUGAGCUCGAGCUUCACACUAAUUCGCAACCGUCUUUGGUGCAGGAUAAAACUAACUUAGAAGAUAAGUAUUAUAAUGAUGUAGAUAAUAAGGUACAAAAUAUUGAAUUAGAUGAUAAGUUUCAAUUGGAAGACUGUUCUAUUAGUAAUAGUAAUAGUUCCGAUCUCAACCGUAACUGUGAUAAAGGUAUUAGUAGCAAUAGUAGUAGUGUGCGUUCCACAGAAGAGAAUAUUGUCAGACUUAUUCCCAAUAAUUUUAUUUCGCAUUCUGGCAAUGUUUUGAAUAGUUUUUUAAGCGACGUUCAAACUUAUACUCGCUUGCUAGAGCCUUCCUUAACGUUUUUAAGCUAUAGUUUGCUUCACAGCAAAGUUUUCGGUCCUUAUACAAACCUUUUCCUGUAUCCUUAUCAAACCAGUUUACUUUAUCCAGGAUUGCAUAGCAUUAUAAACCCUAUGCCUGUGAUUAAAGAAGAAAAUUUUCCUAAACUAGAGCCAGAAGCACCUGUUCUGCCUUCCUGCAAAUUUUGUCACGAACAUUACAAAUCUUCCAUGUGCGUUUUUUAUCCCAAAAUCGAGCCUGUAUUUAAAACAGAAAAGAUUCGCUUUAGUAAAAUUGAAAACCGAGAUAAACCUAAUGUUUGUAUUUGUUGUGAUUAUACCACUGAAGAGGAUGAUGUUGAGGGUAGCAGUAGCGACCGGGAGGCUAGUAGUGGAAGUAAAAUACAAGCUGGCUGGUUUGGUAAAGGGUAUAGGAAAGGGCGUAGGUUUAAGAGAAAAGCUGUGGAAAAUAAGUAGAAGCUUUUUGUAGCAUGCAGAGUGUUUUAGAAUUUGUCAGUCUUCAAGGAAGGUAUAAAAUCAAAAGUGAAGAAAACAUUUCAUAUAUAAACAUCUCAUUGUCUCAAAAAUUGAAAUCAUUCAAGCUUAUCACAAGAUUCUGAUAAUUCUUCAGUUAAAUUUGCGUACUUUUGAGAAUUCACUUGAAAAUUCUAAAACACUCUGUGUAAAGACAACAAAAUCCUGGCAGCUUUAUUUCUAGUUUUAAUUUUUUUUUCUUGUAAUUUAGAAUUAGGUAGGUACGUCGGAGUUUGGUAGCCAAGUGUGUGCAAGUUGGAUUUGUAUGUAAUUUAUAAGGUGUAAGUUUCAUUGUGACUAAAAAGAAAUUUUUUUGGUUGUUAAAAGUGUUGUUCCUACAGUAUUAUUAAUUCAUCCCGGCUAAUAAACUUUUAAAAUAAUAGCUUUAUUUUUGAUUUAGUUUAUAGAAUUCUUAUUAUUAAUUACUACUGUGCAAAUUGUGAAGACCUUUUUAUUGACUGGUCGUGUCUUGUCCCGUUCUGUAUUGUGUUCAUUAUUUUAGACUUUUUUUUUAAUAUACACUAUUUAAUUUUUUU